AUGGCGGCUCAAGCUGGCGCAGAAGAUCCUCUUGUCUCGGCUUUACCUCCGGCUACUGAUUACAUGACUUACCUGACGUUGUUGGAGUACCAAUUGACCCCGCAGAACCUGCCCACACUGAGCAGACUCCUUGGCGACGACGACGGUAAACUUGCUGAAGAGAUCGGAUGGGAUCUCUUGAAGCUCAUUCUGCCCAUGCUGAAGGAGACGCCCGAAGAGGCUAAUCGAUGCUUGGAGAUUGUCGCUCGACGGGGCAAUCCCAGGGAAGUCGUUGUCCGUGUUGCCGAAGAGCUGGAGAAGUUGAGUGAUGAAGCCCAGGGCUCAGAUAACGAAGAUGACUUUGAUGAGAGACAUGACGAAGACGAGUUGCCCACCUUCCCGGGUGAAGCACCUCGAGUCCAUCUUGGGCAAAUGACCCUGCAAGGCAUGUCCGCCGAUAGCCCUUCCAAUAAAGGCGCCGGCGAAUCGAGCAUUGCGCAGGAAACAGUAUCAGACAAGGCACUCAAGCUGCAAGCGCUCUUCAAUAUGCUGAGCAUCCUUCACUCUAGGAUCAAAACACAGUUCCCCAGUCGCUUCCUUGCAACUUCCCUUCCGGCGGCGCUCGGCGCUUAUCGACAGGUACCCAUUUCAGCCGUGACUACUUCCUCAUUCUUGACCAUGCUGGAAAAGAUAGCUGGCAAGAAACGGCCUCCCCUGCCUCCUCGUAGCAGCACCCAAGGUGAGCGACCGUCUUCAAGCAAACCAGCACAGGAUGUGCCUACUUCGGCCGCACCCUUACCGGAUCCGGAGGCUAAGGCUGAAGUGGAAGAUACUGGAGUCAAUGAGCCUUCGCAAGAUGAAAAGGCCAUCAUUUUCCGACUUCUUGACGCCGUGCUGCUCGAAGUGUUGGACGAAUACAUGUCCUCACUAGCAACUCACGAUCAUCCCUCCAUGUCCUGGACUGCUCGACUACGGGAGCAUUGUGAGCCAAGAAGAGUUGUAUCUGGUAGACCGACAGAAACCGAUGUCUGGGACAAAACACCAGAAUUGCAAGAACGCGACGCUCUCCUCGCCCGAUUCUUCUCGAUCAGUAAGCAGAUGCAACUCGACUCUAACCAAGAGAUUACAAAACUCGUCCACGAAGAUGAGGACGAAGAUGUCGGGAAUCCGUACCAUGACCCCAAUGCAGCGUCCGAAUACCCAACUACGCCAUCUCAAAUCCCGUUUCCCAGAGCUGGAGUGAUCUUCCUACACGCUUACCAAUCUUAUAUGAAUCCGUCCGACACAGAACCGCUGCUUACCACCUCCGAACUCACAAAACUCAUCGCUCAUUCAUUUCCUCUCAGCGCAACCCCCUCCAUACCUCUGCCACCACUCCAAGACUCGCUCCUCUCUCUUUUGUACAAACGGACUCUGGCAGUCACUGCUGCCCCAACCACACCGCAACCCUCGCCCGCCAAAUUUCUCCUUUUGAUUAGCACAUUGACCCAACUCUUUACCAUCACGCCUUACCCAACUCUCCGUGAUUCGGCACAUUAUAUCGCGACAAAACUGCUCCACGCGUAUCCCGAUCCACCCGUGCGCUUACAAGUCAUCGCGCAAACACUUCGAGGAGACACGCUGAGCACCAAUUGGGCGGAAAUUGAAGAUGAGCUGGGGGGGACGGAGCCGCCAGCGCCGGGGAUCGAUGAAGAGACGGGCCUCACAAGGAGCACUUCGGCGUUGCAGCCGCACCCAAUUCCGCUCGCACCGCCGCAGCAACUCGGCUCGUUGAAGGCUGUAGGGGUGGACUGGUUGAAGGAUGAAUUUUUGGAGUGGAUUAGUACAAAACCGCGAGUUCAGGCUGAGGAGGGUACCGCAGUGGUUGGUGCUCUGGAUCCGUCGGUGAUCCUCCUAACACCAGAAGAUACGAGCGCAAAGGAAGUGGCGAGUGAGGACAAGGACACGGCAACACUCUCCCUUCUCGAUCUACUCUUUCCGCCUGAUCUGCCCUCAGUCGCUCUCCUCUCAACCUCUCCAGAAGAGUCAUCCUCGGACAACCUGGCAGAAUUUCUGCUUUCCAUCCCUUUCUACAUCUCAACCCUGAAUCUCAUUUGCAUUGUGCUUCCCCAUCUACCGUUGUCUCUGCAUCCAACCUCAUCUCUUAAAGCUCGGAUCUCGACUCAUCUGUCGUACCUGACUAAUGCAUUGAAUUUGCUACUUGAACUACUGCGGCAUGCACAGGCGUCAACUUCAACCACUGCGACCGGAAGUGGGCAUGAUGGAUUCCUGGAAGAAUCACGUGCAGAUAUCUACGCGUUUCAGGAUGCCUGUAUCAGGGCCACCGGGGUGUGGGAGAAGGUGCAUGAUGGAUGA